GAUAAGCUCAACCAUGGCAGUGUGCAAGGGUUCCCAAGCUAUGAGGAGGCCAACGAGCUUCUCGAGCAGUUCCUGCGCUCCAAUCCGAACGAGCUUGAGAAGCGGCAGAUCGGAACGAGCUUCCAGAGUCGACCGAUGUACGCAUACGUUCUGGCCACCCCAACUGGAAGGCAAAACAAGCCCCAAGCACUGCUGACAGCUCUCAUGCAUGCUCGCGAGCCAGCUGGCUUGACUGUCCUGCUGUACUUCCUCGGUCAUUUGCUGGAGAAGUAUAGCCGUGGUGAUCCUGAUGCUACUUACAUUCUGAACAUGCGCGAAAUCUGGUUCCUGCCCUUUGUCAACCCUGACGGCUACAUUGCUAACAAGGGUUUACGCAACAAGGUGAUUCGGAAGAACCGGCGACCGACGUGCAGGUCAUCGGUCGAUGGCGGUGUCGACAUUAACAGGAACUUUGCCGUGCAUUGGUCCAGCAGCUUUGGUGGAUGCAGCGAAGAGCAUGGUGGAUCGCAACCUUUCUCCGAGCCUGAGACGCAAGCCUUCAAAAAAAUCUGCGAGGAGAACGCGUUCAAGACAGCGAUGAACUUCCAUGCCUAUGGAAGCAUGCUGACACACCCGUUCAACUGGGCAACCCAGGACCUCAUGCCUGCAGAGGACAAGAGGGUGUACCAGGAGAUCGCUCGGGUCUUCGGUUACAAGAAGUUCGGGCCCGCGAUUAAGACCGUGGGCUACACCACUUCCGGGGAGUCCGACGAUUGGAUGUACUCAGCGAGGCACAUCAUCUCGAUGUCUCCAGAGGUGGGACCUGAAAGUGGGGGCUUCUGGCCUCCAUCAUCUCAGAUCGACGGCAUUGAUACCCGCAACUUCGACCGUGCUUUGUACGUGGUCGGCAAGGCUGGGAUGGAGUUGGGCACUGAAUGGGUUCAGCAGCCACUUCCGCCAUCAGGUGCCGACCUUUCUGCUCUUCCAGGAGGCCCUCCACACCAUCUCCUAAAGCUCAGGAUCACCAAUCGUGGCCUGACCGGCAGCCAUGGGAAGGUGCUGCACAUCGCUGUGCGCGGGGUCGUAACUGAAGGUGCAGCUGCAGGCGAUGCAGUCGGCCUGCUCGUGUCAAAGGGUGAGGAGGAUGAUGAGACACGCGAAAUGUUGACUUCUGACCACGGGAUCCUCGCUUGGAAGGCCAAGGCCAUUCCAAGCCGAUCCUUCGAAGAGUUUCGCAUGUACAUCUCAAGGUCCAGGGAGCCAGAGGGCCAAAAAAGAUUGCAGACUUGUGUGGCGGAGGCAUCGGGGACAUCAGCUUGUCAGUGCUCUGAGCCUUCUCCUGAGGCAUGCUGUCACAACAAACACGUCAACGUGGUUCAUUCAUGCUCACUCUGA